GGAGCAUUGGUGGGUGCAGAACACAGCAAGCAUCCUGGUUGCAGUGAUUCUAAAUGACUCCAAGCGCAGCUGCCCCACUGUGCCAUCAGGGAGUAUAUCCACUCCUUCCCAAAGCUUAGCAAUAGGUGGCAAUAUUUGUUCUAAUGGAAUAACACGUGGGGAGAUGUCUCUCCACACACACAACACUCAACCAUCCCACAAAACACUCAGCCAACCCACGCAGUGUUCAGCCAAUUCACUCACCGAACACUCAGCCAACCCCUAUACUCACAACACUCAGCCAACCCACACAAUUUUCAGCCAAUUCUCAGCCGAACACUCAGACAACCCCUAUACUCCCAACAUUCAACCAAGCCAUACACAUAGGCUAUGCACACACACAAUACCCCAACUCACAGCUUCCCAACACACAAGUGAUACCAACACAAACCACAAAACAUGGGGGUUUUUUUCACGCACACAACAUAUGCAGCCCCAAUCCCACACACAGCCUUUUCCACCACCUAUGCCAAAAUGCAACAAAUAUGGCCUCCCUACAGCUUGCCUAAAGACACAACAGACAACACGCAGAAUGUACAUGCAAACAACAUAUACUGCCUUAGGGACUGAGAUUCCCUCCAAAUACAACAAGGAGCUUUCUUGUACGUUCAAAACCCUCACAGUCAACACAUUCAAUACAGAGACUG